AUGAGUUCCGAUCAAAUUUCCGACCUGCAAUCGUUGCUUAAGCACCUCAACAGGGAGGUUGCCACCCUCAACGAGAUUGUACCCAACAACAAGAAAUGCCAUUAUUCUGUGGAGGCCACGGAAACCUGCUUACAAAAAAUGGAUGCUAUCAACAUUGAUCCGGGCCAUGUCCGCGAUCAUGUUGAGGUUAUCAAGCACAGGAUCGAUGCGAUAAUUCCUGAUCUCCAUAAUUUGCGAGUGGCUGCUCAGGGUAAUGCCCGCAAACCCGCAGAGUGUAACGACAGCCACCUCAGAACUUUGGUGGAUCAAUUGAGGUCUACAAGCGCCUAG